AUGGGUGAUACAAAAGACGAUAAAGGUCAUACACAACAAAUUACUGGAAGUAUAACAGCCUUUUACAUUGGUGAAACACAACCACGUGGUGAACUACCUCAACGUUUACGUGAAAGACUGUAUGAACGUAAAAUUGUCAAUAGUAAAGAAAGUUUAAUUGAAAGAGAAAAAGCUCGUGAAAAACGUUUACAAGAUAUACGGGAAAAAAAGUUGCAAAAAUUACGUGAACAUCAUGAAAAAGUGAAACGUUUAGCUGAAGAGAAAAAAUUACGUAAAUUACAAGAAAAAGAACAAGGACAAGAGGAAGAAGAACAGGUUAAAGAAAAUAAUGAAAUGAUCAAUAAUGAAAAAUGUUUAUCUAGAAAUUCAAAUUAUUUAAAUGAUUAUUAUUAUACCUCUGAGGAUAUGAAUGAAUUAAAAAUCAAGUCAAAUUUAAGGUAUUACAGUUAUGCAGAUAAAGAGAAUGCGAAACGUCAAUAUGGUUGA